AUGAAAUUAUCAAAUGAUAAACAUAGUGGAUUUAAAAUUUUAUUUGAAAAUAUUAAAUAUCAAUAUAAUAUAGAACAAAUGAAUUUUCUUUCAUUAGGAAAAAUUUCAAGAAAAAUGAAUCAAUUUGAUGAUGCUGAAAAAUUUUAUCAACGUUUAUUAAAAGAAUUACCAUAUGAUCAUUCAAAUAUAGUUGAUUGUUAUUAUAGUUUAGAAAUUAUUAUUGAUGAAAAAGGAGAUUAUGAAUCAAGCUUAGAAUGGCAUGAAAAAGCAAUUGAAAUAAAAAAACAAACAUUAAAAAUGAAUGAUCCAACACUUGAAUAUCAGCAAAAAGCUUUAAUAAUAAAAAAUUUUCAUUUACCUAAUAAUCAUCUUAAUUUAAGUGUAACAUAUAAUAAUCUUGCUACUAUUUUUGAUUGUAUUGGAUUAACAUUGGAAAAUAUUUGUCUUAUUAAUGAAAUGAAAGGUGAUUUUUCACGAGGGAAAUUAUUUUAUGAAAAAGCAGCUCUGAUUCGUCAUCAUAUUUUAUCAUCAACACGUUGUGAUGUUAUUCAAAUUGAACAAGAUAUUAAACGAAUUUUAAUAAAAAUUAAAUAA